GGCGGGCGCGCGCGCGCGCGCGCGGUUGGGCGGGCGGGCGCGCGCCGUCCCGAGAAGGGCUAGGCAGCGACCCGGACAGCUGUUAAAGGGGCAAUGUCCCCAGGACUGCGGGGCCCACCGGGCGGAGACGGGGUAACCGAGCUGCGGACACGGGAGGGCGAGUAGGACGCAAGCACUCGGGAGGGUGGCCAGCGCCCAGUGAGCCGGGUAAAGUGGAGGGCGACCCAGCACCAAUGAGGAGACUCAGUCCAGCCACCCAGCCCAGUCCAGUCAUGCAAGCACAGAAAGAUGGAGACAACCUUAUCCCUUUUGUCAAGUGUUCCAGGGUGGUCAGCCGAUCUCCACCACCCAGCUUGCCUUCCCAGAGCCUCAGACUGAUGCCCCAGCGCUACGGAGACACCUUCUGGGACAACCUUAGUCAAAGGCCCAGCCCCACCUGGAUGGAGGAACAGUACAUCCCACCCCUGCUGAGAGCCACUGCUUGCUCCCAGCCUGGCCUGUACUUUCCUGAGGGGCUCCCACCCCCUGCGGUGCUCUGCAGAAGAAAGAGAAGGAGGCCAUAUUUGGCAGGAAUGCAGCAGGGAUCUGGGAGCAUCCCAGCCCGGGUAAGGGCUGUCACUUAUCACCUGGAGGAUCUAAGGAGGCGACAGAGAAUCAUCAAUGAACUGAAGAAGGCCCAGUGGGGUGGCUCUAGGGCUGCGUGUGAGCCCCUGGUGCUUGACGGCGAUGGCUGUGGACUCCCCAACACCACCGAACACCCUGGUCUGGAAGAGGAGAGGGUAAACGCUCCACGGGAAGAGGAGCACUUCCUCGCUCCUGGCAGGGCCCAGCUGCUUUGGUCUCCCUGGAGUCCCCUGGGCCAGGAGGGGUCUUGUCUCUCCAGGCCGCCGAGUUCUCUCCUUCAGCACUAUCACAGCCAGUAGGGACCCCCUUUACAAUCCCUGGGGGGUGGAGUUGCGGUCUGAGGAGUAAGGAGAAACCGCGCACGCCCAAGAUGCUAGCGUCCUCCAGGGCCCACGACUAGUUCUGGGCGCUGGAAUCUCCAGCAUUUAUGACAUCAAGGCAUUCCCCCUUUCCCUGACCUUUCUCACUUUCCUCUCCCAUCCUCUGAACUAGGCACGAACGGGGCUCCCUUUGCCUCCCAUCUCUACCCGCCCCUCUCACAGGAGCUCCCCAAGGCCUGUCGUCCCGCAGGCCGGCUCCC